AUGAUCAAAACCCGAAGGUGCGACUACCCCGAGAACGCCAAGCAGUGGCCACUCCGUCUCCGCUUGGCACUAGGCAGCCGCGGCCAACAAGCCAGGCAGCAAGGCAACAAGGCAACCCGCCAAGACCACCCGCACAGUCAUCACGUGACAGACCAAGCGAACCCUCUCACACAACAAAAUUUACCCGAAGACGGCUCCAUCCAAGAUCUGACUUGGAGACACUACCUUGAGUUCAGUAUCUCGACCGAACGACAAGCCAUCAAGAUGCCGUCCCAAAAGUCCUUCCGCACCAAGCAAAAGCUUGCCAAAGCCCAGAAGCAGAACCGUCCUAUUCCUCAAUGGAUUCGUCUCAGGACCGGUAACACCAUCAGAUACAACGCCAAGCGACGACACUGGCGCAAGACCCGUCUCGGAAUCUAA